UGAUUGUAACAUCUGGUUAUGGUAGCUAGUGAAGUGUUGCUCACAUUAAAUAACUGCAAUUAGAAUCUAACAACCUAUUAUUUAAAUAUAAAAAUAAAAAAUAAAUAAAAAAAAUGCAGUCAUUUCAUCAAGUUACCAGCGAGUGUGCUUGAGAAACACUGAAAUGAAUGGGGUUCAGUGUUUGGAACUAUCGGUUGCCCCACGACACGCGUCACUUCCGCAUUGUCCGAUUACAACAGAAGUCUAUGGCAGUGACGCAACUCUUUUUCAAUGGCUCUGGGUCAGACAUGUGAACUGUGACAACGACAAACACGUGACGUGCCGUUGGCUCCGCCUUCAGUGUGGUGUUUCCACUAGGUCCUGUAGGCACAUGUAAAUGUUUUAUCCCGUUUACAUUUCUCACAUUCAGUUUGUCUUCGAGCUGUAAUCAUCAUGUCUGGAAGAGGUAAAGGCGGUAAAGGACUCGGGAAAGGAGGCGCUAAGCGUCACCGCAAAGUGUUGCGUGAUAACAUCCAGGGAAUCACCAAACCCGCCAUCCGUCGUCUAGCUCGCCGUGGCGGUGUCAAGCGUAUCUCCGGUCUGAUCUACGAGGAGACCCGCGGUGUGUUGAAGGUGUUUCUGGAGAACGUUAUCCGUGAUGCCGUCACCUACACUGAACACGCCAAGAGAAAGACCGUCACUGCCAUGGACGUUGUGUACGCGCUGAAACGACAGGGACGAACUCUGUACGGCUUCGGAGGAUAAACGACUUGAUUCUCAUCAGACAAACCCAACGGCUCUUUUAAGAGCCACACACACUCUCACAUGAAGAGUCAAUGUCUUGGUGGUAGAGUUGUUUUAUAUUUACAAUAAACAUAAAUAUUAUUAUAAGUUCUGCAGAAAGUG